AUUGCUCUUAUAUUUCGUCAUUAUUUUUCUCAAUUUUCAAAUCAAUUUCGUUACAUUGCUAGCCAUUAGAAGUAAAGUGAUUGAUUUGACUGUUGUAGUGAAACAAAUUUUAAACGUUCCAGUCUGAAGUGUGUAGCUAACUGCUCGAUAUAACUGUCAAUCUGGGUGUAGAAAUUUAUUUGUAAUUUUCACCGGUUCUCAUGUGUAAUUCCAUUAAGUGUUAGACCAUAUUUGAACAAGGGUUCGUUGCAAAAUAAUGUUCUAUGGUGUACGUGGUGCCUAAAUCAGUGCUAAAAUGGAUGACGGAACUGUGAAGAUCCAGUCUGGGAUUAACAUCAACAUCAAAAGAACAGAUGGCCGCAUUCACUCCGCCAUCGUGUCCGGCGUCAGCCUGGAGACGCGCUCGGUCACCGUGGAGUGGUACGAGCGCGGCGAGACCAAGGGCAAGGAGGUGGAGAUCGACGCCAUCCUCGCGCUCAACCCGGAGCUGGCAGGCUCGAGGCACACGCCGCAUCUACAGCCUAUGCCUAAUAAAAUUACACGGGACAUGACUCGACAAUCCAUCCACCAAUCGAUCCCAGUGCCCACGAAAGCGUCAUCUCGGACGACGCGCAACAACCAGGUGCGCAUGUCCAAUGCGCCCGGCUACACGAACGGACACGGCGGCGACACGACGGGGCGGCGGGGGGCGGAGAACGUGCCGCCCCCCGCGCAGCCGCCCGCGCCUGUGCCUAAUGUAUCCAGAGUCACGCAACAGUUCAACGCAUCAAACACGAACAGCGGCCUGACUCGUGGCAACACGGGCGCCGGAGCGGCGUCCAGCACCGUGAACGUGCCACACGCGGUCGCCAGCGGCGCCGUGCGGCGGUCCAAUGUCGUCAAAGAGGUCGAGCGGCUCAAGGAGAACCGAGAGAAGCGGCGACAGCGGCAGGCUGAGCUUAAGGAGGAGAAGGAAGCCCUAAUGAACAUGGACCCCGGCAACCCCAACUGGGAGUUCCUGGCGAUGAUCCGCGAAUACCAGCAGAGCAUCGAGUUCAGGCCGCUAACCGGCAACGAGCCCGUCGAAGACCACCAGAUCACCGUGUGCGUGCGCAAGAGGCCACUCAACAAGAAGGAGCUUACGAAAAAAGAGGUCGACGUGAUCAGUGUGCCCACGCGCGACCAGAUGAUCGUCCACGAGCCCAAGAACAAGGUGGACCUCACCAAGUACCUCGAGAACCAGAAGUUCCGCUUCGACUACGCGUUCGACGACAACUGCACCAACGAGAUCGUCUACAAAUAUACGGCAAAGCCGCUAGUGCAGACGAUAUUCGAGGGCGGCAUGGCGACGUGUUUUGCCUACGGACAGACGGGCUCUGGCAAAACACACACCAUGGGUGGAGAUUUCCAGGGCAAGACACAGGACUGCAAGAAGGGUAUCUACGCGAUGGCGGCUCGCGACGUGUUCGCGUACCUCAAGUCGCCCAAGUACAAGCCCCUCAACCUCAUCGUGUCUGCUUCCUUCUUCGAGAUCUACUCCGGCAAGGUUUUCGACUUACUAGCGGACAAGGCGAAACUGCGAGUGCUGGAAGACGGCAAGCAGCAAGUCCAGAUUGUUGGCCUCACGGAGAAGGUUGUGGACAACGUGGACGAGGUGCUCAAGCUCAUUCAGCACGGGAACGCCGCCAGGACCUCGGGACAGACGUCAGCGAACUCGAACUCGUCUCGGUCGCACGCGGUGUUCCAGAUCGUGGUGCGGUCGCCGGGCAUGCACCGCGUGCACGGCAAGUUCUCGCUCAUCGACCUCGCCGGCAACGAGCGCGGCGCAGACACCUCCUCCGCCAACAGACAGACCAGAAUGGAAGGCGCCGAAAUCAACAAAUCCCUGCUCGCUCUCAAAGAGUGCAUCAGGGCGCUAGGCAUGAAAGGCAACCACUUACCGUUCCGAGCGUCGAAGCUGACGCAAGUGUUACGCGACAGCUUCAUCGGCGACAAGUCGCGCACGUGUAUGAUCGCCAUGGUGUCACCAGCGCUCAACUCCUGUGAACACUCGUUGAAUACGCUACGAUAUGCUGACAGAGUGAAGGAGCUGGGCACGUCGGAGUCGUCGCGGCAGCGCGCGGAGUCGCCCGCCGCCGACGUGGAGAUGGAGCCCGAGCACGACGACCUCGCGCAGCUGCGCUCGCUCAACGAGGGCGACAUGUCCGCCGAGAUGUACACGUUCCACGAGGCCAUCUCCGAGCUGCAGCGCGCCGAGGACGAGGUGCUCGACAACCACAAGGCCAUCUCCGACUACAUGCAGCACGCGCAGCAGCGCUGCCUGCAGCUGCUGCAGCUCACCAGGGCCGUCGACUACGACCAGGACGCAUACGCAACGCAAUGGGAGGAGCUUCUGAACGAGCAGCUGGCCGUGCUGGCGCAGUCCCGCGACCUGGUGGCCGAGUUCCGCGCCAAGAUGCAGCAGGAGGAGCACAUCAGCCGCCGCAUGCAGCCGCCGCACCACUAGCCUACACGCUGCCCGUCUACACCCCACACGGUUGUGGCUAAUCUCACAUGUCUAUACGCUACGGUCGGGGACUUUGCUGUAACGUUUCGUACCUUCGUACCUUGUUACGGUGACAAUAAGAGCUGAUUUAGACGAUUGCAUGCGAUUUUAGUUAUACACUGCGGACGGUCGGUUACGUCCAAUUCAACCGACCGAACAAACACCGCAAUGUAAUGAAACCCGCAUGCGAGUUGUCGCAUCGUCUAAAUGAGCCCUUACGUAAGCACUAAAGAUUACUGGUACUGAUUUUUUAACAAGAACGGCUACGGGACCGAGAAAUCCAUGUUCUCGCCAUACAAAAUCAGUCCCAGCAUUCCCUAGUAGUGGCCUUCGUAUUGCUUGUCACUGUGACUAGGUACAAAACGGUACAUAAAACAAGUUCCUGGACUGUUCAUAGGUUGUUGAAAUGUUCUGGUGAUUUAAAAUUCUUGGGAAUUUUCGACGACUUGUGUCUUAUGGUAGCACGGAGUCGCGGCGCCGGCGAUCAGAUCGGGUUGGGUCAGUCGUAACAGCAAUACUGUUAAUUGACAUUUUGAUGGAAAUGUACGACUUAAACGAUUAUAACUUCGCCCACACCCUUAACUGACCAUCUGUGGACCUUAUGCCUUUUGUAAUAAGGUCCACCGAUGGACAGUUAAGUGUCUUGCUGUUUAUACCAUAGUGACUGGUUAUUCCUAACCGUUAUUGAGAUAAAAUAAGGCCUGUGUUCGGUUUCAUGCGUUGCUGUUGGUAAUUUGGACGCGUUUUCGAUAUCUAAAGGUAAUAUCUUUCAUCAUAUUUCGAUAUCCAAAGGUAAUAGCAUCAUGGGAAAAUAUUUGCGUGAGAAAAUAUUUCUAUGAGAAUGAUACGAAUUCUCUGACAAAACGUUACAAUUAGCUACUAACCUAAGACUGGGCAUAUUCGGGUUGUAUAGGGCUGUUCGAGACUGAAUCUGACAGCUUUUUUUGUUUAUGAGUUUAUUUUAAGAUUCUUGGUGACUUUCUCGAAGCUAAUGUCUUUUUACCCGACUACGGCAACGCAAAAGGAGGGUUAUGAUUUUAUAUUCAGCUCGUUUUCUUUGUGUUAAAUUGAAAUUUAUAAGUAUUUUUUACUGUUAGUAAUAUUGCCAUGCAUAUGACUGACUGACUGUCUAUUUUUGUAUUCUACCCUAAUAUAACACAAUGAAAAAGUACAGUGAACAUUAUCAUAUUAAUCAGCAUUAAUUUAUAAAAAUACAUUAACUCUUGGCAUGAAAUGAGAGAAAUUCCCGACAACUUUUCAGAGCUUUAUACAGCUCAGCUCUCAAAAUAUACUAAGAUUCCAUUCUACUGUCAUCGAAUUUCGUCACCUCCGUUCCACGUUAUCGCUUUAAGUUCCACGAACUCGAUAUCGACCUGGCAAUCAGAAUUCAAUUCUAGUUCUUAAACCUCAAGGUCGUUUUUUGGCUAGCAAAUUUUGACGCAGUUUGUAGGAUAAUGCAAACUAAGCUUAUGGCGUCCUCCAGUAUGCAUAUAGUCAUGUUGCAAAUGUCUCGGAUCUCAGCCCGCGCCUGCGCCGGCGCCGCGGGCAUCUUGUCCAUUGUGUAUAAAUAUGUAUUAUCUGUACUCGUCGGACGGUAGAAGAAUGUCCUUUCAUCAGUUUGGCAGUUUGAACUUUUGCAUUAUCCUUUUUUAAUUUUCAUUAUAUUUCUUACGUGUGUUUUGUUACAUGUGAAUUUUAGAAUUAAUUUCAACUGUAUCUUAUUUGUGUACAUUUCGUAAACUUCGAGAUCGGCUGUCAAAUUGAUUCUUGGCUGUUCAGUUAUCGUCCCUCUUGUGCACUGUUUAUGAAAAGCUUGUAACUUGUAAUACAAGUGGAAGUCCCUUUUUGACAGCUUUUGUUAGAAAGGGACGUCCACUCGUAUUACAAGUUACAAGCUUUUGAUAAACAGGGCACUGAUCUUACCAUUAUGUAAGUAGCUGGCCUGUUUAUCUUCCAUUUAAUUUUCGAAUGUCGAGUUACAGGAAUCUUCCUAGAAAUGACUUUCAAAAUCGAGUCUUCGUCAAUUAUUCUCUCCUUUUCAUUCGCACUUAGUGUGAGUGGGAGAGUUUGAGUAGAUUCGAGUUUGGCGUUAGCAUACAUAUUUCUUAUUUUCUAAACCUCGUAUAAACUGCACCCUCGAAAUAUAGACCUUAUUUCGAUUGUAGUAAAGUUUUAAAAAGCUUUAGAAGAUAAGGGGUAGUAUGCAAGUUAGUGUACAAUGACAUUGUCGUAACGGAUGCCGUCGCGUUGUUGAAAUUAUAGACUGUUUACUGUAAGUGUUUUAAGCACAAACCGGCGAACAUCACAUACGCGUUGUGUAUAUAAUGAUAUCGGUUAAAGACUCGCGAUCUAGUGUAUAAUGUAUAGAGUUAUCUACAAAAACUGCUACGUCAUCAUCUCAUUUAAUCGCGGCUCUUGUAGAUUUAAAUUCACUAGGUUUGGGGUCUAGGUGUCUAUUCCGAAAUCUAAAUAGAGUUUUAUCUCUUUUCUUGCAAAAGAGAAAGAGAGAAAACAUUGUUGGAAUUUUGGAGUAGAUUCUCUGGUGCGUUCAUGGAAAAUAUUUCCUCUUAACAUAAGUGACUUACUCAUUUGCAUUUAACUCAUCUAAUGGCCUAUCUCUUAAAGUCUUAAUGAGGAUUCUUUUUAACCCGCCUAAAAUAAUUACGAUAUAAGUUUGUAAAUCACAUGUUAUCUUUUUUUUUAUUUUAUAAUUAAUUAUCCUUUAAACAAAACACACACUACAAAUGUACAUUUUUGAGAUUAAAAUGUGUGAAAAAGAAUUCUCUAGAAGACGAAAAAAUUGUAGAUAUAUUCGUAUUAAAAUGUGAGAUUGGGUGAGUACAAAGCAGUGUGCCCCGUGGUUGUUUUGCGUGACGUUUCCAAUUGAAAUUAUAGUAACGAUUAGUCCAGAGCUUGAUCUAAAAACGAUUUCAACUUAAUUUGGUGCAUUAGAAUGGUGCUUUGUCGUAAUACGAUUUAUAAUGUCAUUCGUUUCAAUUGCGUUUUUCAGAUCAAGUUCAAACAAAUAUAUAUUACAUUGUCAAUGUGAAAUAUGCCAGCUCAAGCCGGAGACUUAUACGGUAUACGUUUAUGUGCUGCCUUAUUCUGCUUGUUAUUAAUCGUUGUUUAAAUUGUAAUAAUUAUAUUCAUAUCAUUGUCAUUGUGUUUCGAUCAUACCACGACAUUAAGCACCCAAAGGUGUUGUGUAUUCGUGAGAGGCAUUUGAGUGAGAAAAACUCUGUAAUAAUGAACUUGUAGAAAGAGUUGUUGCAUUCGUUUCGGUAUUUUUUUGUUUAACUCAUUGUAUCAUAUAUAUACUUAAGUUGAAAACUCUCCCGAGUACGUAAGACUGGUCUUAAGGAACCACGAAAACAAGACGAAUGAACAUCAUUAUUGUUGGUCUCAUCUAUCUUAUUUUCGUAGUUCUAAACAGUGCUCUAGUAUAUUAAUUGUGCCUAACAAAUGAACUAAAAUCCAUAUGCAAUGUGGGAUCGACGUGUAAAUGGUUGUGUACAGAAUUUAGUAAUGUUAAAAUUCAUUCCGUUGCUUUUGUUUUGGCGUUCCGAUUUGGUAUGGCGAUGGGGGUGGAGUGUUAGUGUUACCCUUGUUACGACAACGGCACCGUAGCGUACUUUGUACGUGUGGAUUGGGAAGGAAUGUAUUUAUGGGAUCAGGGUAAAACUCCUUGGAUUGUGUUUUUCUAUACUUAUAAAAUAGCUAUCCACUCGUUCGUACAUGAUUUAUUUGUGUACAGUAACCAGAACUUAUGAUACACCUUGUCAAAAAUCUUAAGGAAUGGACGUAUGCUUUAGGCCUGUAUAGUUCGUACGUUUCUAAUAGAGCCCGACGGCUAAUCCUAUUGUCUAUUGUUACGUAAAACCGCUCAUGCCACGUGCCACAACCACCUGCAUAAAAAGUACAGUACUUCGGUUACUGAGAGCCGGCGAGUCGAACGCUACAGAACCAAUCUAAAAUGUGUCAUCGAGAUGCGUAACAAAGGCGCGUUAUUGGAGAGCGCACCUAUACACUGGUUUUUUGAGCGUUGGACUCUCGCGCUCAGGUGCCAAAUAGAAUAAUUAAGACUCUUUUUUGCAGGUAAGUAGCACGUGGUUUCACUUAACAAUAGACAAUAGGAUUAGCUGUCGGGCUCUAUUAGAAAUCUACGAACUAUACCUACUAAUUCUGACAUAUCUCUGAAAUGCUAAAUAUUCAACCUACUAUAGAUCCAAGGACUUUUAUCCUGAAAUUGUUUGAAUUAGUGUUAACGCAAAAUUGUCGGAUGUCCGAUAUCUCAUCUUGCGUCCUGCAGGUUGCCAUAGCAACCCGAAGGACCGACACAUGGUAGAGACAAUCGUAACGGCCCUGAACGGAUCUGGUCCUAACUACGUUAGGAUCUAGCUUUCAACCGGGCCUACCAUGCCAUGUUUUAAAGGAGUUACUUAACAUGAGCUGACGCAAUAAAUAAUUCUACACACAGAUUUCUCUUUUUCUAUGUAACUGUAAUUUAUUUUUACAUUACGAAUAAAAAUAGUAUCAUGUCAUAAAAAGCGUAAAAGUUUUUUUUCUUAAAAAAAGAGUAAAACUGGACUCGAAUAUUCAGAAAUCAGGGUUUUCUUUUGUUUGUGAGCGGAUAUCUCAAAAUUGUUUUCAUUAGCAUUGCCUAUGUCCAUUGACAUGAAAAUCGUAGACUUAUAUUUUUGGUUUCUUACAACGGGUGCUACCUACUUCACAUGGAGCGGGCUCCUGUACACGGGAACUACUGCGAACAUCCAUCUUCCUCUUUUAAAUAUUAACCUUUUCACCGCCACUGUCGGCUGUGGCAGGUUAUCAAAAUACAAUAGGGACUUACACGGGACUCCGUAAUGUUCAAUUUAGCUUAUAUAAUUGCGAUCGCCUGGCGUCCGGGGCACGGCAUAUUCCUUUGCCGUCUAGCGUUCUACAGGUUAAGUUAAUUGAAUGUCGAUGUUCGCGGUAGGCCUCCCGACGGCUGUAGAUGUCAGCCAUAUUUAUUGCUACGUGUGUGUAAGGCAUAGACUAGGAAUCCUCUAGACCGAGUUUAGAGCAAUUAUUUCAUGCAACCGAUGAUGCCAAAAAUGCGGGGGUGCGCGGGAAGAGGUGAGCGAAGUCCAGUGCCGUGAUUGGUCCGUUCAAAGACACGGACGUCACACAAACACAUUUUCGACUCGAACAUGGAGUAAAAUUACCAUAUGCGUGGCAGAGGGGGUAGCGUGACUAUGCUCAGUCUAGAGGAUGUUUUGUCUGUGGUGUAAGGAUUGAUUACUUCAACGAUUGUCGGCAGCUUGCCGUCCGUCAUCCUAUAGCUUAUCGUAUUAGAUAGUGCUUAUUAAUAAAUAAAAAUAACUAAAUCAGUACUCUGUAUCAGAGUCACUGCGUUGCGGCGAUUUGAUUGUACUGAACGAAAUCUCUCUUUAUUAUUAUUAUACAUGUUUUAAUUAUUAUUAAUUGUAACAUUUGCGUUGACUGUUCGCCGGCGGCGGGCUACGACGAGGCAGCCGCCUGAGCAAUGCUUUAUUGUAAUAAACGUAUUUUAACAUCGCACAUUAUAAUAAAUUAAUCGAAAUUGAAAA